AGUGACGCUUAAAGUCCGUUCCACAGUCGCACGUUGAGCUCCCUACCUGGAGAGCGGCAUGGCAGAGCCGGCGGGUGAUUUCGGGACUCCUGCUGGUUGGCUUCCAGCCCCUGACCUAGGGUCCCUAAGGGACACCACCCCGCGUCGGGACAACCAGGCAUUCUGGGCGAUGCUACCACCCCCGCCUCCUCCUUCAUCCUCUCCUCUCGCGUCCGGGUCAGAGCCUUUCACCAGGGUGCAGCCUCCUAUGGAGGUACAGUCUCUCUCCGGGGCGCCACCUCCCUUCGACGCCCAGAUUCUUCCUGGGGCGCAGCCCCCCUUCGACGCCCAGUCCCUCCUUGAUUCUCAGCCUCAACUCAGCGGCCGGCCUUAUAAUUUCCAGGGUUCGACAUCAUGGUACUGGGGACAGCCUGUUGAUAGUUUCCCUCGACAUCACAAACCCCACAACCGUCCAGGUAACUAUUCUUAUUUUCCACAAAAAUAUGAUCCAAAGUUCACUGACUUCAACUUCCCUCCCAGCAAAAAACAGAAAAAAAAGAAAAGAAAGGAACCAGUUUUUCACUUUUUUUGUGACACCUGUGAUCGUGGUUUUAAAAAUCAAGAAAAGUAUGACAAACACAUGUCUGAACAUACAAAAUGUCCUGAAGUAGAUUGUUCUUUUAGUGCACAUGAGAAGAUUGUCCAGUUUCAUUGGAGAAAUAUGCAUGCUCCUGGUAUGAAGAAGAUCAAGUUAGACACCCCAGAGGAGAUUGCAAGAUGGCGGGAAGAAAGAAGAAAAAACUACCCAACUCUGGCGAAUAUUGAAAGGAAGAAAAAGUUAAAACUUGAAAAGGAAAAGAGAGGAGAAGUAUUAACAACAACACAGUAUGGCAAGAUGAAGGGAAUGUCCAGGCAUUCACAGAUGACAAAGAUGAGAAGUCCUGGGAAACAUCACAAGUGGAAAAAUGAUGGUGCUAAACAGAGACCAGUCAAUGGAUCAGGCAAUCAUUUCUGUGGUUCCAAGACUGAAAGUCCACCUGAGGCAAAUGCAGAUCCUCUUGGUGUUUUGAUAAACAGUGAUUCUGAGUCUGAUGAGGAGAAACCACAACAAAUAGUCAUACCUAAGGAAGUGACACCAGCCUUGUGUUCACUAAUGAGCAGCUAUGGCAGUCUUUCAGGAACAGAGAGUGAGCCAGAAGAAACUCCCAUCAAGACUGAAGCAGAUGUUCUGGCGGAAAACCAGGUGGUUCUGGCAGAAAACCAGAUAAAUAGCACUACUCCUAAGAGUCUAAGACAAGAUGUUAAAGCAACUGUUAGAAAUUUCUCAAGAGCCAAGUGUGAAAACCAACAAAAAGGUUUUAAAAGGACAAAUUCUAAGAGGAAAAAAGAUUGUCACAACUAUCAAACAUUAUUUGAACCAAGAACACACCAUCCAUAUCUCCUGGAAAUGCUUCUAGCUCCGGACAUUCGACAUGAAAGAAAUGUGAUUUUGCAGUGUGUUCGGUACAUCAUCAAAAAAGACUUUUUUGGACUUGAUAUAAAUUCUGCGAAAACUAAAGAUGUAUAGUUCCCAUCAGUUUCAGCACAUAGUUGAUACAUUAUAAGACAGUACUAUCUUCAAGUUAGUAGAGGAAAACCAAAAACCUUUUUUUCCUCAAAAAACUGGAUUAAUAAUUAAACUUUAAGCCUCCAUAUUAUGUUGGAUUUUCAAAUCUUUUCUUUGAUUCUAUGCAAAUAAAUACAUGGCUAAUUUUUUUUUUUAAAAAAAAGACUAUGUCUGUAUCACUGGGAUUGUGUAUAGUAUUUGCUGGGAGAAUUUUUCUUUUUAUUUGUAUUCAUUUUAUACAUUGCUCUCAGGUAAGGAAGAUUGUUGUUGUACCAGUUAAGAAUUGGAAAUACUGGUUUAGUAACAAGGAAGACAGUUUUUUAACUGCUUAAUUCGACUAAGCAAAAUUGGGCAGAGAAAUACAGUUUGUUUUCAAUGCAGAUGAUCCACUCUAACUGUAACAAAGGGAAAUAUUUUAAACAAACUGGAUCAAAUUAACAUAGAAGUUCUUGAAAUUUAAAUUUUUCUUGUUUGUAUUAGCUCUACUUAAUAGUUCAAAUAUUGAAUGUUUGAAAUGUUAAUACAGAUAUAUCCUCUGUAUGUUUAUAUUUAAUUGGAGUGAAUUUUGAAAAUAUAGUUCAGAAUCAUAUCUUUGUUUUUCUAUGAAAAACUAAUGUAUACUUAAUGAGAUUCAACUGAUUUCUUUUAGCAGAAAGAGUAGUUUGUGAAAUAAUGUGAAUAAUCAUCUGUUUUAAGGUUUAGUUAAAAUUUGUCUUAUGAAGGUAGUAAUUGAACCCUGUAAAUGUUUUUAAAGUACUGAGAUUUUUUUGUCUCUUCUAAUACCAGGGAAUUUGAUCUUAUGUUGUAGCAUUUUGCUAGCUAUAGCUAUAACUACCUUAUUGACAUAUAGCGAAAAGGGGCUAGGUUUUUAUAAACCAGACUGUUUUUUAGUUGAAAAAUUAGUUUUCUCUGACAUUGUGAUUACUGAAGUUCACUAAUCUUGCCUGCAAGAGAAAGUAGGGAAGCACACAGCAGAUCUUAAGAAGGUCUCUAUUAGUAUUGUUUUUCUCUAAACUCCUGGAAUGCCUGACAUGUAGCACUAGUAACAUCACAGAUCUGGGAUUAAGAUUCGUGUUUAGUUGUUGUUUUCCAUCGUGUAACCACCUUUCCAAACAUUUUUUCUCUUGUUUCACUCUACUCCAGUAUGUCUCAUAUUUUGGAAAUCAUCUGCCCAGUGCAUUAAUUAAAACAGUUUAUAUAACAUUGUUGAGAGCUUACUUUUGUGCCUCUUUGUACCUGUAUUGAAGGUAUAAAAAUAUAAGGCCUUGCCUGAUUUCAAGGAACUCAGUUCAGAGUUUAUAUAUUCAAUGAAGGGAUACCCAAACCAACACAUCUCAUCAGGGUGAAGUAACCUAUAUUACACUGAGUUUGUAGUAUUUUAAAACACGAUGCAGUCUGCAGUUUUAUCACUAGUUAUCAUGCAAAUCCCACAGGCUUAAAGUUUACAAAUGCAUCCAUAGAUUCCUGGACUACUUUCAUAGCCCACCACUCUCCAGGAAUGGGCUUUAAGGUGCUGUAAUGUGUAUUGUAUAAACAACUUUAUUUCCAAUAUUUCUUGUUUUCUAAUAAAUGUAUUUAAGACUGAAAAUGCUUCUGUGAGUAUUGCCUUGGCUAUGUCUGAAUCUUAAGCUGUGAAGACUAUUGUUUCUAAUGAGUAAUUUUAUUAUAUUUAACCUAGGAAUUAUUUAAAAGUAUGUUUAAAAUUUCCAAUUGGAUAGAAUGUAGCCUCUAUAGUUUCUAUGUUAGGGAAUACAUGAUCAAUAUUUGUAAAUAUUCUAUGAGUUGUAGGGAUGGGGUGCUUUGUUUUGAAUACAAGGUUUUUUAAAUUUAGUUUAUUAAUUGUUCAAACCUAUAUUCCUGUCUUACUGCUCUUUUUUUUUUGGUACCGGUUAUCGAACUCGAGACCUUGCACUUGUGAGGUAGGCGGCGGAACCGCUGAGCUAAAUCCCUGGCCCUCUUAUUGCUGAUUUUAUCAACAUUUCAGAGAUAUGAAAGCAUCAUAUGAUUGUUUACAAGUAGUAUCUUUUAUAAUACUCUUCUUUGUUGUAAAGUGAUUUCAAGGCCAGAGUAAACUACAUAGACCUUGUCUCAAAAAACAACAACAACAAAAAAAGACCAUGAAAGGUAAACUUAAAAAAAAA